AUGACCAGGGCUUUACCUGUAAGAAAGACCCUCCCCCACAUCCUUCUCAAUAUAACACAUUCAGACUACUGCUCAGAAAUACUUCUCUGGGCCUCCGCCGAAACAGGCCUAACAAUCCUCGCCGCCUCAAUCCCAUCCCUCCGAAUCCUCUUUCGACGCAUGCGAUCUAGCUACGACCAGACAGAAGAUCCUUCUAGAAACUACGUCUCUGACGAACCGCGUAGUAAGAUUAAAACUGCCUACAAGCAGGAUCCGUAUUUCUACUACGCCGGGGAACUGACGACCCUGCUCGGCCGCGAGGAUAAUAAUAGUGAGGAGAUUAUUCUCACUAAGAUGGGUGGAAUUAAGCAGACGCAGGCGAUUUCGGUGCGUUAUAAGCGUGAUAUUUGUGAUGAGCAGAAUGAGAUGCAGAUGGGGGCUGUUAGUCCUGGUCGGACGUUGUGA